AUGGUGUCCUUCACGAUCGACGACCGCCAAAAGGCUCUUAUUCAAGAGGUUCGUGCAAUCGGCAAGGAUGUUCUGGCUCCGGCAUACGAAGUCUAUUCGAAACAUCCGGACCAGCUCUCAAGAUUCCAUGCCACCAAGCCUUUUUACGAAAAGGCCAUCAAAGCCGGCGUGCUCCAACUGCUGAUCCCUGCCGCGGUGGGCGGCAGGUCUCAGACGUUCUUGGACUGCGCUAUCGUUCUCGAGGAACUGCACGGCAUCGACUCCAGCAUCAUGGUUCAUGCAAUCGGUACCUCUCUUGGCUUGUUGCCGCUGAUCUUGGCCGGGACCCCUGAGCAGAAGGAAAAGUACCUGAAGCCAUUCCUCAAGGCUGAAGGUACUCCCCUCGCCAGCCUUGCGCAUUCCGAGCCCGGAGGAACUGCAAAUUUCCUGGAGAAGGGAGGGAAGGGUCUGGGAGUUACUGCUCAAAAAGAGGGUGACUUUUAUGUUGUUAAUGGAGAAAAGAGGUGGACGACGAAUCUUGCCGGCUGGGACGGCAAGGGAGCAGAUCUGGCCUGCUUGUGCGUUCGAUUAUCUGAAGACGGCGGCCCAGAGAAACCCGACGCCACGCCGGCGGACAAUGUUAUGAUUUUGGCCAUUACUCGAGACAUUGUCGCCCAGAACUCUCCUGAAGCCUUCAAAGUCCUGUCUGAGCCAGAUCUCAGUGGCCAUACUGGUGCGACAGGCCCACACACCAGAUACACAAACUUCAAGGUCCCCGCGGACGCGGUACUGUUUGCUCCCGGCGCGGCGACUCCGGUCAUCGAACAGGCUUUUGGGGUUACUGCCGCGCUGGUCGGGGCAAUGGCCAUCGGCACCAUGCGACAGGCGUUUGAAAGGGCACUGGACUUCGCCAAGCGCGACGACCGCGGCGGAACGGUGCCGAUCAUCCAGCGACAAAGCCCUGCCGACCUGUUGAUCGACGCCAAAAUCAAGAUCGACACGUCCCGCAUGAUUGUGUGGAAGGCCGUUGACGCUUUGGAGAACGGCCCCGGCACUCCUAGUCAACGCUUCGAGACAUGCUUGGAGGCAAAAAUCUACCCUAGCGACGUGGCCCCGACUUGCGUUUGGGAUUGCAUGAGAGUUGUGGGAAUGACAUCCUACGCAUGUGAUACGGUGUUUCCACGCCUUCUCAACGAUGCUACAUGCUACGCUCUGUUUGAUGGAGGCAAUAUUGGUAUUCGACGACGCCAGUUCGAAAGACUAUUGGCCGCCAAGGACUACGAUCCAUGGGCCAAUUUUCUCUGA